CUCGCGAGAUCAAACGAGGCAGUAAGUUACGGAAACAUGGCGAUGUCUAAUUUGUUAAAGAACAAAGGGUCCCUCCAGUUUGAGGACAAGUGGGACCUGAUGCGGCCGAUUGUUCUUAAGUUACUUCGCCAGGAGUCUGUAACCAAGCAGCAGUGGUUUGAUCUCUUCUCAGAUGUUCAUGCAGUCUGUCUAUGGGACGACAAAGGCCCAGCUAAGAUCCACCAGGCUCUUAAAGAGGACAUCUUAGAUUUCAUAAAGCAAGCACAGGCGAGGGUCCUUAGUCACCAAGAUGACACUGCCCUCCUAAAGGCAUACAUUGUGGAGUGGAGGAAGUUCUUCACGCAGUGCGACAUUCUGCCUAAGCCAUUUUGCCAGCUUGAGAUCACCCUGAUGGGCAAGCAAGGAAGCAACAAGAAGUCCAACGUUGAAGACAGCAUCGUACGCAAGCUGAUGUUGGACACUUGGAAUGAAUCCAUCUUCUCCAACAUUAAGAACAGGUUGCAGGAUAGUGCGAUGAAGCUGGUCCAUGCCGAAAGACUUGGAGAGGCCUUUGACUCUCAGCUGGUCAUCGGUGUACGCGAGUCCUAUGUGAACCUGUGUUCCAACCCUGAUGAUAAGUUGCAGAUCUACAGGGAUAACUUUGAAAAGGCCUACCUAGAUUCGACCGAAAGGUUCUACAGGACACAGGCACCAUCUUACCUGCAGCAAAAUGGAGUUCAAAACUACAUGAAAUAUGCAGACGCUAAGUUAAGGGAGGAGGAGAAACGUGCACUACGAUAUUUAGAGACGAGACGUGAAUGUAACUCUGUUCAGGCACUUAUGGAAUGCUGUGUGAAUGCACUGGUGACCUCAUUCAAGGAGACCAUCUUGGCAGAAUGUCCAGGAAUGAUCAAACGUAAUGAGACUGACAAGCUACACCUGAUGUUCUCCCUGAUGGAUAAAGUUCCCAGUGGAAUCGAGCCCAUGUUAAAGGACCUGGAGGAACACAUCAUCAGUGCUGGGCUAGCCGACAUGGUCGCAGCUGCUGAGACCAUCACAACUGACUCCGAGAAGUAUGUGGAGCAACUUCUCACACUUUUCAACCGCUUUAGUAAACUUGUGAAGGAGGCCUUCCAAGAUGACCCUCGAUUCCUCACAGCUCGAGACAAAGCGUACAAAGCUGUCGUGAAUGAUGCCACGAUAUUUAAGCUGGAAUUGCCUAUGAAACAGAAAGGAGUGGGUCUCAAAACACAGCCCGAGUCCAAAUGUCCAGAGCUGCUGGCCAACUACUGCGACAUGCUGCUAAGGAAGACGCCACUGAGCAAGAAGCUCACCUCUGAGGAGAUCGAGCUGAAGCUCAAAGAAGUGUUACUGGUGCUGAAAUACGUCCAGAACAAGGAUGUGUUCAUGAGAUACCAUAAAGCUCACCUGACAAGGAGACUCAUCCUGGACAUCUCGGCAGACAGUGAGAUAGAGGAGAACAUGGUUGAGUGGCUCAGGGAGGUUGGUAUGCCUGCUGAUUAUGUUAACAAGCUGGCUAGAAUGUUCCAGGACAUUAAAGUCUCUGAAGAUCUAAACCAGGUCUUCAAGGAGAUGCAUAAACACAACAAGCUUGCUUUACCAGCGGACUCUGUUAACAUAAAGAUCUUGAACGCUGGCGCAUGGUCUCGCAGCUCGGAGAAGGUAUUUGUGUCGCUGCCAACUGAGCUGGAGGACCUCAUUCCUGAAGUGGAAGAUUUCUACAAGAAGAACCACAGUGGCAGGAAGCUCCACUGGCACCAUCUCAUGUCUAAUGGCAUUAUCACAUUUAAGAAUGAAGUGGGCCAGUAUGACCUGGAGGUUACGACCUUCCAACUGGCUGUUCUCUUUGCCUGGAACCAAAGGCCCAGGGAGAAGAUCAGCUUUGAGAACCUGAAGCUUGCCACUGAGCUUCCCGACGCGGAGCUGAGACGCACCCUCUGGUCUCUUGUUGCCUUCCCAAAACUCAAACGGCAAGUCUUGUCUUAUGAACCCCAGGUGAACUCGCCCAAAGACUUCACGGACAGUACUUUGUUCUUUGUUAACCAGGAGUUCUCCUUGAUAAAAAAUUCCAAGGUUCAGAAGAGGGGGAAGAUUAACCUAAUUGGCCGUCUACAGUUAACUACAGAGAGAAUGAGAGAGGAGGAGAACGAAGGUAUCGUGCAGCUUAGGAUAUUAAGAACCCAGGAAGCCAUCAUUCAGAUCAUGAAGAUGCGAAAGAAGAUCACCAACGCCCAGCUGCAGACGGAGCUGGUGGAGAUCUUGAAGAACAUGUUCCUUCCCCAGAAGAAGAUGAUCAAGGAGCAGAUCGAGUGGCUUAUCGAGCACAAGUACAUCAAACGAGAUGAGUCGGACAUCAACACCUUCAUCUACAUGGCGUAGAGCUGCAGUCCGUGCUGGAGAUGCUUUGUGUGUUUGUUCCCAUGAAGAGGAAGAGAGCGACCCUGCAGAGGGAGAUGGGUGGGGGAGGGGGGAGUCCUGGAGUCACGGAGGAACCAUGCCGGACACCUACCUUCUCACGGAGGGAUGGACUUGAUUUACGACUGACACGCACCAGAAUAGCUCACUGAGGGGGGAAACGAAGGAAAAGAAUAAUCUCCUGCCUUACCUUCCAGUACAGAACCAUGAGAUGAGGGGAGGAGGUUAAAAAACAACAGACAAAAUGGACUCUCUUUUUGCCAACUGGUAGUCAGUAUGCAUGGUGGGUGGUUUGCCUUUUUGUUUGGUUUUGUUUUAUUUUGUUUUUUGUUUUGUUUUGUUGUUUGUGGGUGUCCACACCUCCCGAUAGCAUGCCGUCAGUGGGAAUGUCCAAUCAAGGACGCGUUUUUGUGUGCUGCGUUCGUGCGUGUCCCUCAGCUGUCCGAUCGGACCACAUCCGCUCUCCACCUCCCCGGCUCGGGCCCUGGUGCUGCCCCCAGGCUCCCGUCACCGUCACCGUUGCCGUGGUGCUCCUCUAGGGAGCUCCGCCCACUGUCCUCCCGCUGGGACGGAGGAAUGGAGUGCUAGCACUUUACACACUGUCUCAGCAUAGCUUUGUUUCUCUCAUCUCUUGUGCAAUUGUGUCCUUCCUUCAACUGUUUUCUUCUUUUUGAGGUUGUUAAUCUAGACAUUGUGUUAUGCUGCAAGACGUCCAUCCUGAUGUCACAGAUGCCUCCUUCACGAUGAGCUACCGUUAACGGUCAUUGCGUCAGGACCUCCCCAUGCGUCAUGUGUUUCUGCCCCCAAUCCUGAUUAACGUGGAGGGUGAUAUGGGUGUUUAGUACGUGUAAUAGGUGUAUUGGAUUGUGAUAGGUUUUUGUUUUUUUGGGGGGGUUUUUUGGUAUUACAAGCCAGCGAGGUCAUUUUAACUUCUUUUUUUUUUUUUUUUUUUUUUUUUUUUUUUUUUUUUUUUUUUUUUUUUUGGCUAUGCAUUGAUAUUCAUUCUUGCGUGCUGGCAGAUUAUAAAAGGUCACGUGAAGUCCAUUAUCAGCCUGACAUGACAGUGGAGCUGCUGACCGCUCUGUUCUGACCUGUCCAGGAGAGGGCGCCACUGUCUACAUUCAGCCUCUUGAAGCAAAUUGUCAUUAUUGGAUUUGAUGAAAAGGUUGCGUGUAAGUCAUGGCUGUCCAGUCUUUACUCUGUAGACCUUGGUCACAGUGGGUAGGCCAAGUGCCGCUGUUAAUUCCCAGAAUCUUGUUCAUAUGUUUUUCAUGCUUUAAGCAGUUUACACCCUCACUAAUCACAUACUGCCAAAGCUAUAGACAAAUGUGGCAUAUUUCACUUUUAUCUUCCUAGUUUAGAAUUGGUUCCCUCUGACACACGUCGUCACUGUCUCUGAAGGGUUUUUCUGCCCUACAUUACAUAUGAACAAAUUGGAGCAAUUUUGUUUCAUUUGGUCUUUCCCAAGCUCGGCUAAUGCGUCCGAUUACUCAGUGUUUGCUUUUGAUGCUGCGCCCUUGAACAAAAAAAGCCAAGCAGCAGUUCAGGAGCUUGUUUGUGGCACACUGAUGUAAUCUUUACAGUAACAACUUGGUGGGGAAAAAAAAGAAUUUUCCCCGUUUUCUCUUUGCCCCAAAUGUCGUUAAUCAAGCAAGGCGUGUUGGAUGUCUGAGCUUUACCUUGUUAGGUUUGAAUGGUGCUGUGAGGCUAACUAGUUAUUUAAUAAAUCAGUGUGUAAACUGCAUGCAAAAAUCACACACUUUUUUAAAAUUACAUCAACUAGACCUGCUCAUGUUGUUUCUGACACUAUGCCAUACAGUUAGCUAUAAAAAAUGGACAAAAAGUAUGAACGAAGGCUUCAGGAUUGCUGAUGUUCAGCUGCACCACAUGCGUUUGUCUGGGAUUUAUAGUAUAACUGGCAUUGUAUUGACAUAGUAACAGUGUAUCUUGUACACCUCAACGUGGUUUGUAGCAGCUGAGCCGCAUGCCAUCUGCACAGUGUUAACUGAGUUAACUGUGUUAACCGUUGGGUGCAGAGUAGGGUUGCACAAGCUAUCAUUUGUUAAUCUUUAGCAUGGCUGCAAUGUACAUAUGGGCUCUUAAACAAUUUUCUUUUGUUUGGGGGUGUUUUUUGCCUGUUGUGACCAUUCCAAGACGUUACAGAUGUGUGUUCUGUGGGUGGAUUUCGUUGAAUCAUCCACAGAACCAGACGACAUGGUGCAGGCCAGAAUUUAACCAGGUUUUAGUAGAUUUCAAGGCACAUCACUACUGUGAUGCGUAACUGCUUUUGGUCUCAUCACGCAGCCCCUGAAGGCUUUCCAACCUGAAAAAGCAAAAUUUGGACACUAAACAUCUCUGCUGAUCAACUAUGUUUGGGGUAAUAUCAAACUUUGUGCUCAUUUAAGUUCCCUUAUGUAAGAUUAGACACUUUUUUUUGCAUUAUUAUUUUCUGCCUGACUCAUGCGUGAGUGAUGUUUUUUAGCACUGAAAUUUACUCAGAAGUGGGAAGUUGCUAAUCUUCGUGCAGCCUAUUGAAAAAUCUUCACACCAGCUAUUAGCAGGUCAAGACAUGUGACUCCUAACAGUAGCAAGUGACCUGAGGUUUGUCUUUACUACGUCUCAUUAAUGGCGCCAUUUGGCUUGUGACAGCAGUGGAAAAAGUAAUUAAAUGUUGCAUAAAUGUCUGUUUAUUAAUGGAGGAGAGUGAAUGAGACUUUUGAUUUUGGGAGAGUACCUGUCUGAGAUUUCUACAUUUUGCAUGUCUUAUUCUGGAAGCACAGCGCUUUUCUUUUUCCUGAUGCGGUUUGCAGUCGUUAUUGCAAUCAACAGUCAUCCCAACCCUUUUUCUAGGUACCUUGCCUCUCUAUGUAAAAUCCAUGUAGCACGUGCUAUUCAUCAUAUUUAAGAUUUCAUAUCGGAAGCCUCUGCCUCUACACAGAUUAAUUUCCCAUGCAGGUUUAAGUGGGCUACAUUAGCUGUAUAUGAUACAAGAUGUUGGUUUCAAACGUUCAGUUAGCAAGCCUUAUUAAUCGGUGUGUCACCAUAGCAAGUCUAAUCGUAACCUAGACAGGUACCUUGCUGGUUGUCACCUGAACCCAGUUGUUGUUAGUUGACAGACCACACAGCCUGAUGUAAACACAGACAUUCCCUCAUAAAACUGAUUGAUUCAUCAACAACUGACAGACCAUGAUGCAAAGGAGUUGAUUGUGUAAUCUUGCACAUGGAGACCAGUGAAAGUUUGGUUAUUGGGUGUGUUUGCAUAACUUAAAUGCGUGUGCGAACACGCAUUAAUUGUUCAGCAAUUCGUAAACUAGAAUACAUGGGAAUGCUGUUAGAUUUGUACAUACUUCACUUUUAAAUCAAAAAACUGCAGAUGAGAUUUUCAGUACUUCACUUUUAAACUGGACUUUUGUCUUUCUUAAGCCAAGUACUUUUCUUUAUAGUUCAUACCGUAUGAAAUUUCACUGCUGAAUUUUGGCAAAUUUGGUUUAAAUAUAACAUUUACAUUCAAGAGAAAGUGGCGAUUAAAGGAUUUAAAUUUGUAUAAAUUACCAAAUGAAGCAAUGACUGUUCUGUUUUUUUUUUAUACCAUAUUCUCAAGCAUAUUUCAAACAUUUCUUGAAGCACACUGUGCUGAAAAUGCAUUAAUGAUGAACGAACAGCAAUAAUCAGGCAGGCAUUAUUAAGCAAACAUCUGUUACUAGGUGAAAAGAAAGAUGGCACUUCACUCUGGAAGCGUAUUUGAACCCUUGCUGUGAUUUUCUUUAUUUGCUUUAGUAUGCGUCUCCCAAUGUUUCAAACUAGUUUAGAUUGCAUACUAUCUUUGCAGUGCCUUUUAAGUUGUGGGUUUGUUUUUGUUUUUUUUCAAUAGAUAAAGUAUCAGCCCGCUUGUCACAUAGGGAAUGCAGCAGGCAUAUUUCAAUCCAAGGAUACGAUGUCCUGUCUACAUCCUUUAAGAAUUGUCUAGAAUUGGAAUACAAAUUCCAGCAAUGGCUGUCCCACCUUUGUCUUGUGUAUGAGACUUUAGAAUGUACAUGUUCGUCUUCUCCUCAUCUGUUGUCUUGUGUAUGAGACUCUACAGUGUCCACGCUUGUCCUCUCUCCCUCGUCGUCCUUCCGUAGAAGCUUCCAUUCUUCCUUUGAUUUUAAGUUUUGAUUCUCAAACGUGUCUUCACACAUACCUGACACUAACACCCUGUGUGUGUGGUUUUUGUUUUGUUUUUUUUCUUCUGGCCACUCUUCACAUACCAUCUACAGUCUAUUACUUUUUCACGUAGCCUAUAGGCUGCAGUGACUCGUAUCAUCAGUAUUUGUUAUUGUCUUUUGUGUUGAAAAGCGUCUCCGAGGAUGAAUAGGGUUUGACUGAACAAUUUCCAGUGUUAAUUUCUAAGUAACUUUUAGUACUCUGCAUUUUUGUUUGUGGGUUGUUGUUUUUUUUUCUGUAGAAAGAAAGAGCAGGAAGUGAGUGUCUGCUUCAU